CUCUACCGGCCGAGGACGAGCAGCGCAACAACAACGUGAAGAACAAAGAUGGCAGCGCCCAUGAGCUGCAGCUUCUCUGCUGCUCUGAAUGUUCAGUAAACUUCUCUACAGGUGAAGACCAGGACAUGUCUGACUGAUAAUAAGGGUGGAAACAAGUGAUAGUCCAUCAUGUCUCGACUGGCCGUGGUGUGUGGAGGCUCCAGAGGCAUUGGGAGGGCUGUAUCCCUUCUGCUGGCAGAGAGAGGCUGCAGGGUGGCCGUUGUUUCCAGGGAUGAAGAGGCUGCCAGGGCUACUGUGAAAUCUCUACAUGGAGUUGACCACGUGGCUCUCAGCUGUGACGUCUCUAAGGAGCAGGAGGUCCAGAAAACCUUUGAGACCAUCCAGAAGUCCUGCGGGAACAUCUCUUAUCUCGUGAACGCAGCCGGCAUCAACAAGGAUGCUCUGUUACUGAGGACCCGGCCGGAGGACAUGCUGACUCUGCUUCACACCAACCUGCUGGGCUCCAUGCUGACCUGCAGGGCGGCGCUGCGCAGCAUGCUGCACACUCAGGGAGCUGCUGUUGUCAACAUAGGCUCUGUGGUUGGCCGGAGAGGGAAUGCCGGUCAGUGUGUGUACAGUGCCAGUAAAGCCGGUUUAGAGGGCUUCACACGCUCUCUGGCCAAAGAGGUCGCUUCACGUAACAUCCGAGUGAACCUUCUGGCUCCAGGUUUCAUCCGCACUGAUAUGACCUCGGGUCUGAAGGAGGAGGACGGAGUACGCUCGAUCCCUCUGGGGAGAUUUGGCGAGCCGGAUGAGGUCGCUCCAGCCGUCCUCUUCCUUUUGGAGUCUUCCUACGUUACUGGACAGGUGCUGGUGGUGGACGGAGGACUGCAGCUGGCCAUGUAGGGACCGAGGCUUUCCUCUGGGGUUAUCUCAACACUUGAAACAACAGAGCACAGUAAGGCUGGUGAGCCUCACUCUGCCUUUUCUGGAACUUUGUGAACUCUAAAAGCUCCUGUGAAGAGUUUUUAAGUGGUUAUGAAACAGACUGAAUUAAUGAGGAUAAAUCUUUAUGACCUGCAGAAGAAAACAAGACCAUCAGAAGCAAGAUUAACUCUCCCUUAGAGUCACUUUUAUGCCUUGAUCUGAUGCAACAGGGUGGGAGUCAGAUGAGACAGCUCACAGCACGCUGAACAUGAAGCCCUUUCUUCAGUUUCUUUUGCUAUGAGUGAAAUAUUUGACUGUUUAAAGAAUGAGGAAUGAAUAUUUGUGCAUGCACGGGACAAAAGUUUGUUCACAGGGGUCGCCAGAAGUACCUCACAGGAGCUUAAAGGCAUGGGAGUGAUUCAAGAAUAAGAUAGAGGUGCUGUUGUCUUGAAUUUAAACGUGGGAGAAGCUCUUGUCAGAUCAUUAUAGCUCUUACAUUUCGAGGUUUUUUAGGUUUGAAUGAAGAAUUUCAAUGUUUGGAAUUGCUUCUUCUGAUUCCUCCAAUUUAGGAUCUUGCAGCAUCUUUUUGACGGUCAGAUGUGCUUCGUUGCAAUGUUUUUUUUAUUGCUCUGACAGCCUCAGACUGUUAGUCAAGCUGUGACAACAUAAAAGAAAGAUUCUCACAUUUUUCCUGAAGCUUAAGAUACUUUUCUCUCGAGCAGUAACUACAGUAACACGGGACUUCCACCAGAUCCAUGUCCGGUCCGUCUCUGAUCCGCCCGUCAACACCCACCGGUUGCGUUUUUGGAACUCAGCACAGAGCAGGACCGCCGGACAGCUGGAGUCAUGUGACCGAGGUAAUCCCUGAAUCAAGGAUUCUCCUCCUCCUCUCCUCAUCCAUGUUGUCUUUCUGGUCCUCUGAAAACCUCUGACCUGUUGACUCCAGGCCUGCCUCCGCUGAAAAUGACUUUUUCUUUUCAUUGUUAAGUUAAAAACGAUCUAACAAUAACAAAGAGUGUUUUAGUCUGAAAAUUAAACCAGGUUUUUAUUUUGUAUUGGUGCCUGACUUCCUGUCCUGCUCCAUCUGCUCUGUGUUGAAUUGAUGCGUCGUGCUCCGGCAUCCAGCAAAAAAGGAAGUCUUGUGUAUCUGAUCCGGAGGGCUCCGACCUGCCGGAUCAGAGACGCAGCCGGAACGCAACGGAGCGGAUCCAGUGAAAGUUAACACAUUGACUAGAAUAGAAACCUAUCAGAUCCAGUGCCGUGACGGAUUGGAGACAGACUGGACACGGAUCUGGUGGAAUUUGGCCUUAAGAGUCACCAGACUCCCCUGAGGGCCGCUUUAUUGUUAAGAUCACAGGAGCUGCUGACCAAUCACUUCCUGUUUUUGAGUUUGAGCCUUACAAAGCUGUUUGAGGCAGUGAUAGACUUUUAACUCCCAUUUGUGACUCUGCAGUUUGGUGUUUUUGAUGAAAGUUAUAUCAUGCCUGCUCCUGAUAAAAAAACAACAACAUGUGUGCAUUAAACAAAAAAAAUCCAUCCAUG